AGCACGAGCUGCGGAGCUGCAAGCGAAGGGUGCGGGAGAUCGAGAAGCUGCUGCAUCACACGGAGCGUCUGUACCAGAGCGCCGAGAGCAACAACCAGGAACUCCGCACGCAGGUGCGCGGCCGCCUCCGCCCCGCCUGUCCGGGGGUAGCCAGAGCUACCCUAUACAGUGCUGGAAAUAAAGCCCGGAGCAGUUACAAGUCCCAAAUGAAUUUGGGACAAGCUUAAGAGUUCUGCUUACUUGGGACAGGUGUCUCGUGCCUGGCUUGAAUUGGGCUACAUUGUCUUCAUUCUCGCUUGUCACAACGUCCUGUUGGCAAUAAGAGUAUUUGUGAUUUUUUUUCCCAUUAGGUCAUGUUUGAGGAGUUUGUCAAGAGUAACCCAGACUGGCUUCAAACUUGAAUUUAUGAUUCUCCAGCUUCUGCCUCUGCCUCCCAAGUGCUGGCAGUCCAGGGGAGCAGCAGGCCUUCUCAUUCUGUAGCUCAGGCUGGUUUACAUCUAAGUGUGUAGCCCAGGUUGGCUCAAACCAAGGGCGAUCCUCCUAGCUCAGUUUUCUCAGUACUGGGAUUACAAGCACGAGCCACCAUACCUUCUUUCUGUUUGAGACUCAUUUCUGCCAUUAACUAAUUUUGAAUUUAUACUGAGGCCCCGUUGCUUAUAAAAUCAGGAUGAUCGCACACAGCAGUGAAGGUUAUAUAAAAUUAAGCAAGAACAAUGUGGAAGAACUCAGUAAAAUACUCCAUUGUGGAAAAAAUGAAGAUAGUAAGUCUGAUGUAGAAGUACAAACUGAGAACCAUGCUCCUUGGUCAAUUUCAGAUUAUUAUUGUCAGACAUAUUAUAAUGAUGAAAGUCUUCCCAAUAAAGAGACUGAACUUUCUGGCCACCAAAGUCAGUAUGUUCAAACUCCUUUUAAUUCUAAGGAUGAGACACAUGUAGAAAAUGAUGCUCAUACUGGUACUGAUGUAAUGGAAAAUGUUAAAUUUGGACAAGAGGAUCAUUUCACUUCACCUUCACAGGAGGCAGAGUCUUCUUUAGCAGCAGAAGGAACCUCCUUGGAAGGCUCAUCACUAGCCGAGAGUUUGAGGGCUGCAGCAGAAGCCGCCGUGUCACAGACUGGUUUUAGUUAUGAUGAGAAUACUGGACUAUAUUUUGACCACAGCACUGGUUUCUAUUAUGAUUCUGAAAAUCAACUAUAUUAUGAUCCUUCUACUGGAAUUUAUUAUUACUGUGAUGUGGAAAGUGGUCGAUACCAAUUUCAUUCUCGAGUAGAGUUACAGCCCUGUCAGACUUCUAGUACCAAACAAAGUAAAGAUAAAAAAUUGAAGAAGAAAAGAAAAGAUCCAGAUUGUUCUACAACAAAUGAGGAAAAGGAUUUAAGUACAGUGGAUCAAAAAGUCUACAGUGUUGAUUACAUAAAUUGUAGUGAGGGAGAACAUUUUGCAAAUGUGAAAAAGAAGGCCAAAAUAGACAUUCAUCACAAAAAUAGUCCUCCCCAGUUCAUCAUUCCAGUUAGUGAAAACACUACAGAGUCCCUUAGUGAGAACACCUCUAAUUCAGUCAAAGAUGAGAAAAUCCUAGAGAGUGAUAGUGAGCCAGAAGAAGGUGAAAUCACAGACUCUCAAAGUGAUGGGAGUUCCACUGAAGAUACUGCUGGUGAAGACAGUAUGACCGCAGAAGAUACGGAGGAUGAAAAUGAAAAAAUUUGGCCCCCGUGCAUUCGAGUAAUUGUUAUUAGAUCACCAGUGUUGCAAACAGGAUCACUUUUUAUUAUUACAGCUGUAAACCCUGCUACAAUUGGAAGGGAAAAAGAUAUGGAGCAUACUCUUCGAAUUCCUGAAGUUGGUGUUAGUAAGUUUCAUGCUGAAAUUUAUUUUGACCAUGACUUGCAAAGUUAUGUCCUUGUGGAUCAGGGCAGUCAAAAUGGCACUAUUGUCAAUGGAAAACAGAUUCUUAAGCCAAAAACUAAAUGUGAUCCUUAUGUCCUUGAACAUGGUGAUGAAGUGAAAAUUGGGGAGACUGUGCUGUCUUUUCACAUUCACCCUGGCAGUGAGACCUGUGAUGGCUGUGAACCAGGACAGGUUAGAGCCCACCUUCGCCUUGAUAAGAAAGAUGAAUCUUUUGUUGGCCCAGCAUUAAGUAAGGAGGAAAAGGAAUUGGAAAGAAGAAAAGAAUUAAAGAAAAUACGAAUAAAGUAUGGUUUGCAGAAUACAGAUUAUGAAGAUGAAAAAGCCUUGAAAAAUCCAAAAUAUAAAGACAGAGCUGGAAAGCGCAGGGAGCAGAUUGGAAGUGAAGGGACUUUCCAAAGAGAUGAUGCCCCUGCGUCUGUUCAUUCUGAAAUUAUGGUUGGUAACAAAGGUCGGAAGAUGUUGGAGAAGAUGGGUUGGAGAAAAGGAGAGGGCCUGGGGAAGGAUGGUGGAGGAAUGAAAACACCGAUCCAGCCUCAGCUUCGACGAACACAUGCAGGCUUGGGGACAGGCACCCCAUUCUCAAUUGAAGAUGUCCACCUUCUCCAGAAUAAAAGCAAAAAAAACUGGGACAAAGCACGAGAGAGGUUUGCUGAAAACUUCACAGAAACUAAGCCUCCAAAAGAUACACCAGGGACCAUGCCUUGGGUAAAAGGGACUGUAGAGUAAAGGCUAGUCAUAGAAAGAAAUUGAACCUUUAAAAAAAAGUGUGAAAACUUAUUGUAUUACAAAAACUUUUGUCCCUAAAAAGUGUCAUUCACAGGAGGGAAUUAUAUCGUAAAUUACCCUUGUGAUUCAGAAAUGUAUAAUAAAGUGUGAUUUGUAGCUGUCAAAAAACAUUUUUAAGCUAAUAAGCAGCAACUGAAUCAUUAUGCAGUGACAGACUGAAAUCAAGAGGACACAGAUGUAGCUUAAGAAACUUGUUAUAUUUGUCACAGCCCCUGUAGAAGGCAACUAGCCAUGUCAACAAGGUUCAGAUAACCGCUAAUGAUUUAGAAGUACAUUUAUCCUUGUCUCCAUAUAUUCUUAUUACAUGUGCAAAAACAGAAAGAAACAUGUUUAUAAAAGUAAUUCUAUGUAUGUACUUGUUUACACCCUUUAGAACUUGGAUUUUUUAAGUUGAGAAAACAUGAGUAGUGUUGAUCAGUGGUACAGAUUUUAUUUUUGAAAUAACUGGAAUCAUAAUCCUGAUGGAUGAACAGGUGACAUGUAGAAAAUUAGUGUUGUAUGUUUUCUUCUGUGAAGAAUCUGUUGAUUUGUACAAUAUAUUCAGCACUUGCAUUUGUUUGAUUUUCUAGCUGAUAAACUAUUUAGAUAUGGACAACUGGGUACAGUAUUAACAUACUCAGUGUGCUGGCAUUUGUAAUUUUUAUAAAUACCAUUGCAGGCAAUGGAGUUGUGCCAGAGAACUCUGACAGCUAGGGCAAGUAGAUUAUCUAACCAGGGCCUCGAACUAAAGAUAUUUAUUGACAGUGUCCUCAUAUGCAAUAAAAAAAUAACUUUUUAACGUUUAAAA